CAUUUAAACAAAAACCCUUGGUGUUCCAGUUCUAGGGUUCUUGAGAGGAAGGAAAGGAUCUGAUCGAUGGCGGCCGCCUGGAGGAAUCUUCAGCACAAAUCCACCGCCGCUACCGAGUAUGUGAUGAAGCACGCCGGCGAGUACUACAAGACGCUGCUCGAGCGGAACAAGCAUUACAUCGUGGAAGAGCCGACGGUGGAGAAGUGUAACGAGCUCUCCAAGCAGCUCCUCUACACGCGCCUGGCCAGCUUGCCCCAUCGCGCGGAAUCGUUCUGGAAAGAGGUGGAGAUCGUCAAGGCCAAGUUCCGGAAUCGGCAAGAGUUGAAGCUCGAGGAGGUCGGGAUCGCUGCGCUGUUCGUGGGCGAGUGCUACGCGUGGUUCUGCGUGGGCGGGAUGAUUGGGCGGCGAUCGAUCACUGGCUACCGCGUCUAGACCAGAGCUUUUGCGAUUUGGAAGAGUUGAGAUGAGAGUAACAAGACGAAUUGAUGCUGUGUGUUCUUGCGGCAUUCCUUUCCUUUUUAACUUUCCUUUUUGAUUGGAUGGAAUAAAAUGCUUAUCUUCUAGGC